GUGCAGCCGCCCUCACGCUUGGGCGCCAUGUUGCGCCAGGGCUUGGCAGUGACUUGUGAAGGACUAUCCCCUCCAGGAAAGGUUAAUUUUUCCUCCAAGAAUGGUUAAUUAUGCCUGUAGGAAUGGUUAUCACCCCUCCAGGAAUCAAUAGUUGCCCUUUUAGGGGAUAAGUAAGACCAGCUGUGAGUAGAGGCCAAAGUGGGAGAGAUGGGCUACAACAGGAGGAAGAAACUCUGUGGAACUGGAGGUAAAAGGUUCUGCUGCUUGCAUGUGCAGAAGAUUUAGAAUGUGUCCCUGGAUUCCAGCAGAAGGUUUUUUAUAUAGAAAAGCCAUUUCAAUUCACAGAGGACCAGCUGGUUCUGAACCUGAAAUUUGAUGACUGCAAGGGGAACAACAAAUUGAACUUUGAAGUUUCUAACCCGAACUUUACAGUGGAACUCGAUGGGAAUUUGGUUGCACUCAAGAAUGUAUCAGAAGCUGGCAAAGUCUUGUUUGUCCAUGCACGGUCGGAGCACGCCGAGGACAUGGCAGAAAUCUUUAUUCUUGAAGCAAAUGAAAAACGUGGUGCAUUAAAGGAAAUCUUAAAACUAGAAGGCAACCUUGGAAUUCCAAGACAAAAAAGGGCUAUUUUGGCAACUCCAAUAUUAAUUCCUGAAAAUCAAAGACCUCCAUUCCCCAGAUUAGUUGGCAAGGUCAUCAGAAGUGAAGGGACAGAGGGAGUAAAGUUUCGGCUCUCUGGGAAGGGAGUAGAUCAAGACCCAAAAGGAAUUUUUAGAAUCAAUGAGAUGAGCGGGGACGUCUCGGUGACCCGAACCCUUGAUCGAGAAGCGAUUGCCAAUUACGAGCUGGAAGUGGAGGUGGUGGAUAUGAACGGGAAGACCAUGGACGGCCCGGUGCGCCUGGACAUCUCGGUCAUCGACCAGAACGACAACAGGCCCAUGUUCAAAGAGGGCCCCUACAUUGGGCACGUCAUGGAGGGAUCUGCCACAGGAACCACAGUGAUGCGCAUGGCAGCGUUCGACGCCGACGACGCCAGCACGGACAACGCCCUGCUGCGCUACAACAUCCUCAGGCAGACCCCCACCAAACCCUCCCCAAACAUGUUCUACAUCGACCCUGAGAAGGGAGACAUUGUCACAGUGGUGUCCCCUGCGCUGCUGGACCGGGAGACCAUGGAAAGCCCAAAGUAUGAGCUGGUUAUAGAAGCCAAGGACAUGGGUGGGAUGGAUGUGGGACUGACAGGCACAGCCACUGCCACCAUUCUUAUCGACGACAAAAAUGACCACGCACCAGAAUUCACCAAGAAGGAGUUCCAGGCCACAGUGAAGGAGGGGGUCACAGGGGUAAUAGUGAAUUUAACUGUGGGUGACCGGGACGACCCCGCCACGGGGGCGUGGAGAGCUGUCUACUCCAUCAUCAAUGGGAACCCAGGGCAGAGCUUUGAGAUCCACACCAACCCCCAGACUAAUGAGGGAAUGCUCUCUGUUGUCAAGCCUUUAGACUAUGAGAUUUCAGCCUUUCACACGCUGCUGAUCAAAGUGGAAAACGAAGACCCGCUGAUCCCAGACAUUGCCUACGGCCCCAGCUCCACGGCCACCGUGCAGAUCACCGUGGAGGACGUCAACGAGGGCCCCGUGUUCCACCCAAACCCCAUGGCAGUGACCAAGCAGGAGAACAUCCCUGUUGGCAGCGUGGUGCUCACGGUGAACGCCACCGACCCGGACACUCUGCAGCACCAGACCAUCAGGUAUUCAGUGUACAAGGACCCAGCAGGGUGGCUGGAAAUCAACCCCACCAAUGGCACCGUUGGCACCACGGCAGUGCUGGACAGGGAAUCUCCCUUCGUGCACAACAACAUCUACACUGCUCUGUUCCUGGCCAUCGACAGUGGUAACCCUCCUGCUACGGGUACAGGAACUUUGCACAUCACCUUGGAGGAUGUCAAUGACAACGUCCCAUCCCUUUAUCCAACACUGGCAAAAGUUUGUGACGAUGCAAAAGAUCUCAGGGUAGUGGUUCUAGGAGCAUCAGACAAAGACCUUCAUCCCAACACAGAUCCAUUCAAAUUUGAGCUCAGCAAGCAAUCCGGCCCAGAAAAGUUGUGGAGAAUCAACAGGCUUAACAAUACCCAUGCCCAGGUCAUCCUGCUUCAGAACCUGAAAAAGGCCAAUUACAACAUCCCCAUCUCAGUGACAGAUUCUGGAAAACCUCCUCUGACCAACACCACAGAACUGAGAUUACAAGUGUGUACCUGCAAGAAAUCCAAAAUGGACUGCAGUGCAACUGAUGCUCUCCACAUCAGCCUGACCCUAAUCCUCCUUUCACUCCUCAGUUUAUUUUGUCUGUAAGAAUUCCUGCCAUUUGAAGCUGUCCUACCGAGUUGCCAUGGCAACGAGAAGAAGGGAAAAAAACCCAUCAGCUCUGAAGAUUGCAGUUUACAAUGACUGUUCUUCACUCCUCGGCCUCAGUUGCUCCAGUUUAGUUUGCAAUCUCACUCAAUCUGUACCUUGGUGUUCGACAGCCUCCACCCCUCUGCCCUUUGGCCCUGGAUUCCUCCUGCAGGACACAAGGUUUACUCAAAAUUUACUCUGAAUGUUAAAAGACCACGACAUCCAAACCCCACCUUGGGGGAGCAGAAAAAAAAAAAAAGAAAAAAAAAACCACAAAACCAGAUUGACUCCAUUUUUUUUCUAUCUGUUGACUUGUUGCUAUUCAACUGUUCAGAAAAUAUUUUGUCUGUGGGUUAGUAUUUGUAUAUGUAUGAGUGUAUGUAUAUAUAUAUAUUUAUAUAGAGAGAAGAGUUAUACCACAGGUUUAGCUUUUAUAAAACGUUCAUCUGGAGGGUGAGAAGGGAGGGAGCAGAAGAACACAGCCACAGAUGAACUGUAGCUGUCCCAGCGUGGCUAAACCUGCUGUGUUUGCUGUCCAGAGCGUGGCCAGGAGCAGAGAGCCCGUGGCCACCCCGGGCUCUGCCGUGGCCCUUCUCGUACCUCAGGUUCAGCAAACAAGAAAUGCGAGUCCCCAGGGCUUGUUCCUGCUCUGAGCUGCUCUCCCUGGGCCCCAGAGGAUGCAGGAGGAGCAGCCAGCUGUGAGCAGCUCAGCCUGACUGGAGGGGCCAAAGGGCUGGAACGUGGGCUGGGGCAGGUGACAAAAAGUUUAGAUCAGCUCUGCAGGUGAGAAGCUGAGUCCAGCAGCAGCUGCCAGCGCUUGCCAGAGCACUGAUCCCUGCUCAGCCUCCCUGCCAGCAGGUGCCCUGCUCUAGAAAUACCCUCACAACCACACAAACCCAUCCUUUUGGAUAUAUAUAUAUAUACAUACAUACACACGUACACACGGUUUCCAGUUAAGAGUAACAAGAGCAUUUCUUUGUGUGUGUAAACUUACCACACCUGUUUGCAGACAUGGGAAAAAAGGGUGUUUGUUCUCUAUGAAUAUGGAUCCUUUUUUAUUCUGUGAGCAUGUAAGGUCAAAAAACAAAAAAAAUUCCUUCUAACUGUAUGAAGAUGAUCAUCUUGUUAAUAAACUGUAAAUGAUCCAUCAAAGCUCACACCAAAUUUUUAUAAAAUUAACACAAAAAGUAUACUAGUGACAGACUGUGGCUUUUAUUAGAGCUUGCCAGUAACUAGGGUAAGGUAAGUGUCUUAGAAUAUUUUAAUAAACUUGCUUAUUUAAAGUUUAAACAAGAAAGCUUCCUUAUGCAAUAGAACUUUGCAGCUGCACUCUUUAGUUAGCAUUUUUGCAGUAAUUAUGGGUCAUACUCUGGCAUCGUUACUACAGUGAGAGUAUGAGCAUCCCUUCCACACCACGUAUAUGUUUCAAUAGUAAAGAUUUUUGGAAACAUCAAAAAGAAGUCCAGACAUACAUUUAGUUUCCCAUAUUGCUACACUAGAUAUUAAAUGUGUGUUGGUGGUUAAAAUUUGCUGUACAAUAGCUUUUCUCUGACUUCCUGUAUUAUACCAAAUAUGAAACAGGUUGGGUUUUUUUCUUUCUUCCUUCUUUUUUUUUUUAAUCAAAAGGAGUAAUAACAACAGCGACAGAGGAAAAAUGAGUUUGUGUUGUGAGCUUUCCUAACAUUGUAGAUUUCUUGAUAAGAUAUGAGCUGCCUUCAGACCAGUUUUUCUCUUCCAGCUUAACUCCUGCAGUCCUGACCAAGUGAAAUCUGCCCCUGCUCCCUGCAGGAGCCUCUGUGUCACCAAAGUGGCACCUGAGGGUCACUGGGAGCUGGUCAAGGACACCAGGAGAGGCUUUGGCAGCUCCAGGCAUCCCAGCAGGGAAGUGCCUGAUCCCACCCCUUACCAUGGGCACACUCCUGGUCCUCUCUCCCUGCCCAUGCCUCGUAUGGACCCCACGCUGCUGCUUUGCCAUCAAAAAUCACACCUUUUUUAUUAAAAAAGAUAUAUAUAUAUUAUUUUCAAGCAAAUUUUUCCAAAAGGAACAAUUUAACUGCUGUAUGGCACCUCUGGAAUUCCGACAUGUAUGUUCAAUGAAUGCACCCAAAGAUAUUCUGCUUUGAGCUACAAAACCUCUAUCUUGAAUAAAAGAAAUUAUAUUACCCUGCCCCACAAAUACUCUUUUCUACUUGCUUUUUUCCUCUCUCCACCCAGCCAAACCCACCUCUGGAAAGACCCCCCUUGACUUUGGUGUCAUUUCUGUCAAAUGCCAGAAAAAUCUGCCCUUCCCUGCUUUAAACCAAGGCUCACAGAGCAUUUGGUAAAUCAUCCCAAGGGCAGCCAAAAUGAGGAACAAAGAGAAAACUUCUGCCUGGAGCUCCACGAGCAAGGGGAAGACUCUUCCUACCUCCCUGUGCCCCAGGAAAAGAUCUUUCUUCUUGGAUCCACUGCAAAAUUUUGAUGUGCAAGGAGGUCAGAGCCUGGCUGAAGCUCUGACCCAAGGUGCAUCCAAGCCUCCAUUCCCAUUUUCCCUUUAUUUCUGCUCUCACAUUAAAGCCCCCCAGCCUUUCCCAAGUGUCCCAGGCUCCCCAGGGAGCCCAUCCCUGGCCUACCCAGGCGUGCCAGGAGAAGAUGAAGCUGCCACGUUCAUGUUUCUCCCCAUUUAACACAGACUGUGGCACAUUCAUGGUGUGACACGAGUGAGGAACCACAGCAGAAUCUGAAUUUUCCUACCUGAAUAAAAGGUGUCACCUCUGGCUCAAAAAACCAAAGUCCGUUUUCUGAAAUAAAGGAGCAACAACGAUUUAUCCAUUUUUCUACAAUAUAAUGAAAAAGCAGAAGAUUUACAAAAUUAGUUGUGAUAUUUUCUAAUAGUUGUUUAUGUUUAACAUUAAUUCAGCCAAGUUUGCUGUUUUUAUAAUAUACUCCUUAUUCCUACCCAGCUGUUUUAGCCCCACCAACAGUUAUUUCAGUCUGUGUUUGUAGGUACAUAAAUGCUGUCUAGAGCUGGAAAGGCAGUGAACUUGUUGAUUAUCAUUUUGUAACAUGCACAAAACUUUUUAUUUGUUAAAGUCAUUUCACUUGAAAAGGCUCUGUGCUGUUGAAACAAAAAUUGGGAAUAACAAUCAGUGAUAGGGGCUUAUUAGCAAGAGAAAAAUCUCAUUUUUGGUGUGCUUGCUAAUUGAACCCUGGUCUGUGCUCCUCGUGUGUGCUUUUCCAAUAUGCCUGUGUGCAUUUAUUAAUGUCCAUUUUGUUCAGUAGCUGUAGGUAGGAAGAUUAAAAAAAGGGGAAACGAGCUGAAUUUGCUGCUGGGUGUGGAGGAAAAUGAGGUGAGGGUAACACAGUCCCUGAGCCCUGUUCUCAUCAUGUUUACACUGCUGGAAAUCAAACAGCAACUCCAUCAGCAGAAUUGAGGUUCAGUUCAUCAUAUUUAGGUGAAAUUUUGCCUCCCCACAUAUUGCUUUUUGCUGGUUGGCUGGGAACAGUUAUUGUAUUUGCAGGGAAUGCCCCAGUGAAGGCAGGAAUGAUGCAUCUGACUCCAUGCUCUCAGAAGGCUAAUUCAUUACUUUAUUAUACUAUAUUAUAUUAGAGAAUAGUAAACUAUUAAAGAAUAAAGAAAGAAUACUUAUAGAAUGCUAAAAAGAUAAUAAUGACAACUCGUGACUUUCUCCAGAGUCCCAACACAGCUUGGCCCUGACUGGCCAAAGAGUGAAAACAACUCCCAGCAGAAUCCAAUGGAACAAUCACCUGUGGGUAAACAAUCUCCAACCACAUUCCACAUGAGCACAACACAGGAGAAGCAAAUGAGAUAAAAAUUGUUUUCCUUUUCUUUGAGGCCUUUCAGCUUCCCAGGAGAAAAAUCCUGAGUGAAGAAAUUUUUCCAGAGAAUGUGAGUGCCACAAACAGCAAAGCUGCAAUGUUUGUCACAGGAUUGCUGAGUGCUCACACGUUGUCAGAAGUCUGGGGUUUGUCACAUCCAGCCACCCACAGGUGACUCGUGCCCUUCACCGACCACCUGAAGGUGUCUCCAAAGCUCCCAGAAUAAUCUGGUUUAACCUUUAUUUGAAAUGGAUGGGGUCAAAUAAUUUGUCCUGGUCUCUUGCAUAGUCAUUUUUUUUAAUUACUAUAAUACAAACCUCAUUUAUUAAAUUAUGGACUCACAAGCAGUUUGUAGGGCCCUAUCUUAUAUGCUUUAUCACUACAAAAAAGACAUCUACUAUAUUGACAACUUUUGUCUUUCCUUUGCAAAGGCCUUUUGUCUGAAAUACUGAGAAAACUGCCAAUUUUCUUCUCUAAUGUUAUUAAUCCACUCAGAGCAGAAUUCUGUACACAAACAAUUUUACAUCAUUUGGUCUAAAGGCCAAGCUGCUUUUGGAAUAGGUUUAAAAAUGUCUUAUUUAAUUUUUUUAAAAAAUUAAUUAUAUUAAAGUCACAUUGGCUUGAGAACACCAAGUCUAAAGCAAAACUCUGCUCCUGCCUUGCCUUUAUUGCAUCUCUAGAAACUCUGCUGUCUGAGAGAUCCAGCCCAAUGCUAACACAAAGAAUAAUAAAACAGCAAUUACUUCCUUUCAGUUAACUCUGUGCUCUAUAAUCUUUAGAAAUCACGUCCAGUGCUCAUUAGUAAUUAUCAUUAUGGCUAUUCUCUUUAGAGCAGACAGAGCUGAGCCUUUCCUGCACAAAGCACAGGAGAGGCACUGCCAGGACACACGAGCUGCUUUGGGCUGGUCCCGGUGGGAUGGAGGCACUCCCCCACUCUCAGUGGAAAGUUUCUGCUUGCACAACUGCUAUGUGUGUAUAUAUGUAGAUAUAUAGAGAUCUACACAUAUAAAUAUAUAUAUUAUAUAUAUGCAGGUGGAAGGAGAUUGAUACAACAAGGGGGACUUGGAAUAAGCAGUUUAAUUCCCUCAUUUAGGGAUGAAUUUAUGAGUGACAGCAUGUACUGAACCGGUCUGAUUUAAAGCAAAUAAAAAGGGCAAAAAGCCCAAAAAGGCUUAUCUCAACUCUCCUGUUGUAUUUCUGCUGCCCUGAGCUGUCCCCUCGUACCACAAUUAUAUCAGUUGAAGACAUGCAUCAUUGUUUUCUGACUCAUUUUCAGAUGUCUGUGGAUCAGCAGGUCACCAGUAGUGGAAAGGGAAGGGUUUAGAGCCAGAAUUCCUCAUUCCUGAGCUUUCAGUGGGACAGCUGUUUGGGAAAGUUUCAUCCAGCCUUGAGCAUUGCACUCCUCCUCUGCAUCAGCAAGUGACUGCACUCUGUAAUUUGGGGUGAAAUGAAUGUAGCCUAGAGCCAGGCUGGGUGUUUGGAUGUGCACACACCCCCUGCCUGAGGAAUAAAUCCGUGUCUGGGGACUGUGAUGGGAACUCAGCACAAAGGAGUUGUGUUGUUACUGCCAUUUCAGCCAGAACCCUUCUGUAAAAGCACACCUACCCCACAACAACCUCUGUCCCUUGAAGUUCUUUAAGUUACCAUCAAGAUUUUUUUUUAUGAUUUUUUUUUUCAUUUUUAAUAGUCCAAGCAAGGAGGAAAACAUUUUGUUUGAUUUUCAAGAUGCUUAAAUCAGCUGCUUUUCCAGUUAAUCAUUCCUUUGGGCCCUAGUUGCUGAAUCGCUUGCUGUUUCUGAGGUGUAAAUAAACGUUUUGAUUUAUGA